CAAGCGCUCCUGCUUCCCCUCGACCAGGCGGAACCUACUCGGCGGGGCCUGGUGGCCGCAAAAGAACUUUUCUUUCUCCCGCCCCAACGGUCGCCGCGGCCAACUGCCUCGCCCGCCUGGCAGCCUAGCCCGCCUUCUCCUCUCCUCUCCGGCUUGGUGUGGCCCUGUCUCCCUUUCGCCCGGCGGUAUCCGCUUGCUGCUGCCGCCGCCUCCUCGUCUUCUGCCCGGCCAGCCGGCCUGCUCCGCUGCAGUGAUGUGCGACAAGGAGUUCAUGUGGGCCCUGAAAAACGGAGACUUGGACGAGGUGAAAGACUAUGUGGCCAAGGGAGAAGAUGUCAACCGGACACUGGAAGGCGGAAGGAAGCCUCUUCAUUAUGCAGCAGAUUGUGGGCAGCUUGAAAUCCUGGAAUUUCUGCUGCUGAAAGGAGCAGAUAUUAAUGCUCCAGAUAAACAUCAUAUUACCCCUCUUCUGUCGGCAGUCUACGAGGGUCAUGUUUCCUGUGUGAAAUUGCUUUUGUCAAAGGGUGCUGAUAAGACUGUGAAAGGUCCAGAUGGACUGACUGCCUUGGAAGCCACUGACAACCAGGCAAUCAAAGCUCUUCUACAGUGAUGGAUGGAUGGACUGAUAACUUGGGAAGAAUGACUCUCCUGUGGCCUCACACUGCUGCCUGUCUGUCUGUCACUCUCUAUCUGCCAGCUUCUUCAGCUAAAUACUUUAAGAGGGGUGAGGGGAGAGAGAAAUUCAUAACAAAUCAGACUACCAGAAAAAAAACAAUGUUUUGGAGGAGGGGGGGAAAAAAACCAUGAUCAGGCUUUUUACUGGGAUUCCUGAUCAAGUCAGCCUCUUUUCCAUUUCUAAUAAAGUAUACAGCUUAUACCCAAGGGAGAGCAAAGACAAAAUAUACUGGUAACAUUUGA